AUUUUCCCCCAAAAUUGUGCCUUUCAUGAAUCUUCGCUGCGUCGAAAGCCCUCUCCAUUGAAAGUUUUUCAUUUACGAACAGAAAAGAAAGAAAGAAAGAAAGAAACAAACUAUCUCUCAUUCGUUCUAUUUCUCUCUCUCUAGAACGUUCCUUAUUAUUUCUCCGCCUCCCCGACUCAACGCUGCCCUCUCUCUCCUCCCUUCCAAGCUAUCCGAAGUCUCUAACAUGUCGUCUCAAGCUAGCCUCCUCCUCCAAAAACAGCUUAAAGAUCUUUGCAAGAACCCCGUGGAUGGGUUCUCGGCGGGGCUGGUCGAUGAGAACAACAUAUUCGAAUGGAGUGUGACGAUUAUCGGGCCGCCGGAUACGCUUUAUGAAGGGGGAUUCUUUAAUGCCAUCAUGAGCUUCCCUUCCAAUUACCCAAACAGCCCUCCAACAGUGAAGUUCACUUCCGAACUAUGGCAUCCUAAUGUUUAUACCGAUGGGCGAGUGUGCAUAUCGAUUCUUCAUCCGCCUGGUGAUGAUCCCAACGGUUAUGAGCUUGCAAGUGAACGCUGGAUGCCUGUUCAUACGGUUGAAAGUAUUGUGUUGAGUAUUAUCUCAAUGCUGUCAAGUCCUAACGAUGAGUCUCCUGCCAAUGUUGAAGCAGCAAAAGAGUGGAGGGAGACGAGAGACGAAUUCAAGAAGAAAGUGAGCCGCUGCGUUAGGAAAUCACAGGAAAUCUUGUGAUCUUUCGUCCAGUGAAGAAGAGCUUCUCUGCUAUGUGUACCAAGAAGAAGAAAAAAAUCAGUCUUAAUUCAUUUUGGGUUUGGUGGUUGGGUGGGGCUGGGGUGGUUUGAUAAGUGGUCAGGGGGGAAACUGGACCAUAUGGUUUGUCUAUUUUGUUAAUCCUUUGUAGAAUUCCACUCAGAUUCUCGGCUCCCCUUCAACCUUUCUGUGUUUCUGUUUUCGCUUGUUAUGUCUCGGUUUUUGCAAUGGGGAUCAGAGUGGGGUUUUACAAACUCGAAAGAAGUCAACAAUGGUCGAAUUGCUCUUUCAUUCCCUCCAAAGUAUACAGAUUGAUUGAUUUGGUUCUGUAUGUGUCUAAUCAUUGAACUG